AGCAGUAUUGUGCACGUACGUGCACAUGCUGGGAGCACAGAGAGGGAGACAGAUGAGCAUGCGCGCCCCCGCCGUGUGUCCUGCAGGCGCCGCUUGUGUGCGCGCCCCCACAACUCAAAACGAAAGGAGGAUGAAGAAGAGCAUGCAAGGGAGCUAAACCUUCUUGUUGUUCUUCUUCUUCUUCUGCUGCUGCUGCUGCUGCUGCUACUGCAGUGUCUGAUUCUACCAUCUUCAUCAUCGUUAUUCUCCUCCUCCUCCUUUUCCUCCCCCUCUCUGUGUCUGUCUGGCUCCCCCUUCCCUCUCCUCCCCUUCAUCUUCUCUCUCCUCCCUCCAGUAAAGGCAUGGACAGAUAGCGCGACGAAAGAGAGAGAGAGCGCGCAGGUAGAGAGACACAGAGGACACAUUCCCCAUCACGGAGAAGAAGAAGAGCGGAGGAGAGAGUCGCCAUUGUCGCUAUUCCAGAGAUGAGCAAGAUGAACAUCUGAAGCUACCUGCCAUCCACACACUGCAAAGCUUUUCAUCCAGAUCAAGGUGGUCCAACCAGAUGGAGGUGAAUGCAGCAGAGAAACGGCAUCGAACACGAUCCAAAGGAGUGCGAGCUGUCGUGGACGCCGUGCCACAGGACUUAUUCAGCUGUCCAACGGCGGGUUGCGACGGUUCUGGACACGUCAGUGGCAAGUACGCCCGGCACCGCAGUGUGUACGGCUGCCCGUUGGCCAGAAAGAGGAAGGUUCUGGAAAGACAGCCACUGGAGCCACCCGCCAAGAGGAGGUCCUUCAUCACCUCCUGCCCUGCUGAGGAGGAGGAAGAGGCUUCUUCUUACCACAGCUAUGAGAACCCAGAAUUGGUGGAGGGGAGGGAGCAAGAGGAAUUAAUGGAGGAGGAGGAUGAAGGUGAAAGGUUAGAGGAGGAAGAGUUCUCAGAGUACGAAGAGCAGCCUGAGGAAGAGGAGGAGGAGAGGGCGGACCCAACAUUGGAAGAAGAUAAUGCCAUGGAGGUGGGGAUGGAUGAAGAAGAUGAGGAAGAAUAUGAGGACCAUCAUCGUCAUCAGCCACAGUUUGACUACCAGCUUAGUGGACAAUCAAAACAUAUUGGUGUCCAUAAGGAUAACAACAAAAGUUGCACCCCCAGUUCCAGUCCUGGUCCAGGUCCCGGUCCUGGUCCUGGUCUCGGUCCUUGCGAGGACUACGAGAACUACGACGAGCUGGUGGCCAAGUCUCUGCUCAAUCUGGGCAAGAUUGCUGAGGACGCCGUCUACCAGGUCAUGACGGACUCAGAGAUGAACAGCAACUCCUCCAACAGCGGCGGCGAGGACGAAGACGAGGAUGACGCUAGCGAGCAAGGAGACCGAAAGGCCGACCUUAGUGUGGACUUGAACAGCGAUGUCGUCAGGGAGACAGUGGACUCGCUCAAGCUUCUGGCACAAGGACACGGCGCCAUGCUGCCUGAAGACGGCUACCCUGAAGGUGCCCUGAUGGACGGCAACCACAUCAAUGGGCGGCCCAGUUUGGGCAGAGUCCAGGCGGUGGAGAGCGAGGAGGAUGUAUGUCUCAGCAGUCUGGAGUGUCUAAGGAAUCAAUGUUUCGAUCUGGCUCGUAAACUCAACGAAACUCACCCGUCUGACCGGCCUGCUCUUCACCACCACCUCAAUAACCCCUUGGACCAGCAAGGGGCGCUUCACCUUAGCAGGUAUGACAGCCUUCAGCAGGGAUUGCAGGAAGAUUCUAGGCCUUCGGAGCGCAGCUUCUCUGACAUGGUGAACAUGAUGAGGGUGGAGGAGCAACUGAGCCCAGCGUCUCGAGGGUAUCCCACCAGCUGCAGCCAGGAGGGCGAUGAAGACACCACAUCUGUAGCCUCCGACCGCUCGGACGACACUUUCGACAUGGCCAAGGGGAACCUGUCUCUGCUGGAGAAGGCUAUCGCCCUGGAAUCAGAGCGGGCCAAAGUCAUGAGGGACCGCAUGGUCUCAGACCACAAGCAGACCAGACGAGACCACCACCACCAUCAUCAUCACCGCCACCAUCAUCAUCAUCGCGGCCAUGGCGAGCGUAGCUCCAGGCUGAGCAGCACUGGUGAAGAGCGCAGGUCCAGAAUGCACCACGACGGCUUGCACAGAGCAUUCUACUCAAAAGAAUCUUCCAGGGGGGAGAAGAAGGAGAGCAAGUGCCCGACGCCCGGUUGUGACGGGACGGGACACGUGACUGGUCUGUACCCGCAUCACCGCAGCCUCUCUGGAUGUCCUCACAAGGACCGUGUCCCGCCUGAGAUCCUUGCCAUGUACGAAAAUGUUUUAAAGUGCCCAACUCCUGGCUGCUCUGGACGCGGCCAUGUCAAUAGCAACAGGAACUCGCAUCGCAGUCUUUCGGGUUGUCCAAUCGCUGCUGCAGAGAAGAUGGCCAAGGUGCAUGAGAAGAUUCACCCAACUGACAGCGGCAACAAGUCCAAUCAGACGUCAGACCGCGUCCUCAGGCCCAUGUGUUUCGUCAAGCAGCUGGAAAUUCCUCAGUACGGAUACAAGAACAACGUCCCCACCAGCACGCCACGUUCCAACCUGGCCAAGGAGCUUGAGAAAUACUCCAAGACCAGCUACGACUACAGCGCAUACGAGAGCCAGCAUGGCGCUUACGUAAGGAGAGGACCGCCGAGCAAGUCCCACCACAGCCGCGACACCUCCCCCAAGGGAUAUGAAGCCAAGCGCUACAGUAAGACAUCGAGCCCGGCCAGCAGCACCACCAGCAGCUACGCUCCCAGCAGCAGUAGCAGUCUGAGCUGUGGGGCUGGGCUUGGCGGCGGCGGGGGCGGAAGCAGCGCCAGCAGCACCUGCAGCAAAAGCAGCUUCGACUACACCCACGAUAUGGAGGCGGCACACAUGGCCGCCACCGCCAUCCUCAACCUGUCCACCAGAUGUCGGGAGCUACCGCACGCUCUGGGAGGGAAACCCCACGUCAUGCUGACUCAGAGCGAAGUGGGUAACAUGGACGACGGCAGCGUGGUAGAUGUCGAGGGGCAACCCGGCGGCCUCGAGGGCAACGGGACAGUGCUAACUCCCUUGCAGCCCAUGUCCCCCCAGCGCCAGGCCCUGCUCAACAGCCAUCGCUACCACCUGAGCGAGUCUGACUGCUGGGAGCUCCCUCUGGACUAUACUAAGAUCAAACGUGUAGACGAGGAACAUGACCACAAGGAGUCGUCUUAUUUGUGGUCCCUACACCAGGGUGAAGAGCCGGACUCCUUCCAAGAACUGCUGGAGGAGCAGCACUACCCAACCCCGGUGACCGUGUCCAGCCCUAAACACCACAAGUACUCCCCCUGCAAGGAAACCAAGAAAGAGCUCCUCACGCUGUCCAGCUGCCAGCUAGCUGACAAGAACCUGCGAGGGAUGAUGUCCACCAACUCUCAAGAGCUUAGGUGUCCCACACCUGGCUGCGACGGAUCGGGACACAUCACGGGAAACUACGCCUCCCACAGGAGCUUGUCAGGUUGUCCUCGAGCUAAGAAGAGUGGCAUUAAGGUCCUCCACAGCAAAGAAGACAAAGAUGAGCAAGAACCCAUCAAGUGUCCUGUUCCAGGCUGUGAUGGACAAGGUCAUGUGACUGGUAAGUACGCCUCCCACCGCAGUGCGUCUGGCUGCCCCCUGGCGGCCAAAAGGCAGAAAGACAGCUUCGUUAACGGCACGCAGUUCGCCUGGAAAGCCGGCAAGACAGACGGCAUGACAUGUCCCACUCCGGGCUGCGAUGGCUCGGGACAUGUCAGCGGGAGCUUCCUAACCCACCGGAGUCUUUCCGGCUGCCCGCGGGCCACCUCUGCCAUGAAGAAGGCCAGAAUGAGCAGCGUGGACAUGCUGACAAUCAAGCAGAGAGCCAGCAAAGGCAUCGAAAACGACGAAGAGAUUAAACAGCUAGACGAAGACAUUAAUGAUCUCAACGAAAAUAACAAUCAAGUGGAGUCAGACAUGAUUAAACUGAGGACUCAAAUCACCACCAUGGAGAGCAGCCUAAAGUCCAUGGAGGAGGAGAACAAGGUGAUGGAACAACAGAACGACUCAUUGCUGCACGAGCUAGCCAACCUGAGCCAGUCGCUUAUAAACAGCCUCGCCAACAUACAGCUGCCUCACAUGGAGCCAAUGAAUGAACAGAACUUUGACACGUACGUGAGCACGCUGACAGACAUGUACACGCACCAGGAGCAGUACCAGAGCCCGGAGAACAAGGCCCUGCUGGAGAACAUCAGGCAGGCUGUUCAGGGCAUCCAGGUGUAGCCGACAGCACACACGCAAGCACACAACACGCUUUGUUGUCAUCUAGCGUCACUCUGCUGUCGCCGUCACGUCUUCUUUUCAUCGCCUCGCUUUGUUUGGAACCAACAUGCAACUUUUCUACAUUUUCAUACGACCUGAUACAAUGUGACAUACAGCUGCUCUGGUAUUUGUUGAUCUAUUGACGGCUGCACGGUAAAGCUGGGCUCGUCCGGUGGGCGUGAAGAGCAAUCGGAGCUGGAAAUGCAUUGUAGUGCGUGUGACCUCACGAGGAGAAACAUCAUGACACGGAAACACGAUGGUGCAACAGUGUGAGGGAGGAGACAAUCGUAGUAAGCGAAGAGGACAGCAAUAUUGGCAUUGAUCACAUUUGAUAUCAUGUGCAAUCACGAUAAACUAACGUUUGGCUAUAUGCAAUUUCUUAUGAAUUACCGAGCAGAGAGAUGAUUUUUACUGCGUUUUGUAUCUUUUACUACAAUCAUCUCUGAGCUGAAAGGACACUUUGCACAUUUGUUUCCAUGUUUUCAUGUUUUUAUUGGCGGGCUAACACGUGUGCUUGUAGAUGUUGUUUCCUUGACGACGGCUUACAGGGUCAAACGUUUUCACGUGCGGCGUCAUUGUGUUUUUGCACGGGUCGUGUGUGUCCAUUCAUGCAGACUGUUUUUUUCUCAAAUGCAUGCACUUUAUUGGCGAGUGGAGCAACAAUUGGACACACACACAGAUUGAUGAAGCUCUGCCUUCACAUUAUUUGCUUUAAAACUACCUAGAAAAACUUAAAAUGAUCAGUAUUUCUCCCCAUAAAACAUCCCCAAUUAACCGAUAAGAAUCCAGACAUCUCAAGACAAAGAUGGUGAAAAUGCCACUGAGCACACUUAGAGGACAUUUAAAUACUAAUUGGUGUCAAAGAUGUCUUACGUUAAUCACUAAAGUACUCACAAAAGGUUGUGGAUAUUUAAUUUUAGGGUACAAUUUCAGGAUAAGACUGAAACUAAAACUUGUCUGAACUUGUGAAUGUCCAAAUGUUGAAUAGUUCACUACUUAUUAUGCACCUUGAACAAAAACAGUUGCCUUAUGUUUGACAUAAAGGUAUACUGCAGUACAGUGGUACCGGGGGAUAAGAGGCCCUCAGUUUACAAGUUUUUUGGAAUGCGAGCUCUCAGUUAAGGGUUAUGCUUUAGACUGCGAAUAAAAAAUUGGGGUUACCCCCCUACCCACCGCUAGAUUGCGUAGUGACUAUCACAGUGAAUCUUGUAAGAUCAGACCAAAACAUCCGAUCUUACUUGCCUGCAUUAGUUAAUACCUUGAAAUGAAAAUAACUUUGUUUUUCCAAGCAUGGUAAGGAAAAAAGUGAGUGUUGAGGACAGUGCUGAGAAGAAAAUGUGGAUGAUAUUUGUUGAAUUAAAGAAAUAAACCAUCACAAACAUGACAGAGCGUGUAGCUAACUAAUUUGGUGAAGCAGUUGGAGCGUAUCACUGUUAGUCUGCACCAUACUGAACCAGAAUGAGUAAUAAUUUUGCCACACCUAGUGUGUGUGUGUGUGUGUGUGUGUCAAUCAUUGGUACUUUAACUUCAACUUUAAAGGCUGGAAUAUACUCUCGUGUCACAUAGCUUGCUUUGACGGUGUCUUAAUUCGUUUAUAUAGCUCUUCCGCGGUGCUGGCACGUGACUUGCAAUUCUCUUGCCAAACCCUAAGGCAGUGGUUCUCAAAUGGGGGUACGCGUACUCCUGGGGGUACUUGAAGGUAGGCCAAGGGGUACGUGAGAUUUUUUUUUUUAAUUCUAAAAAAUAGCAACAAUUCAAAAAUCCUUUAAAAAUAUAUUUAUUGAAUAACACUUCAACAAAAUAUGAAUGUAAAUACAUCAACUACAACAAUGCAAUAUUCAGUGUUGACAUCUAGAUUUUUUGAGGACAUGUUCCAUAAAUAUCGAUGUUAAAGAUUUCUUUUUUUGUGAAGAAAUGUUUAGAAUUAAGUUCAUGAAUCCAGAUGGAUCUCUAUUACAAUCCCCAAAGAGGGCACUUUAUGUUGAUGAUUACUUCUAUGUGUAGAAAUCUUUAUUUAUAAUUAAAUCACUUGUUUAUUUUUCAACAAGUUUUAAUUUUUAUUUUUUCCAAAUAGUUCAAGAAAGACCACUACAAAUGAGCAAUAUUUUGCACUGUUAUACAAUUUGAUAAAUCAGAAACUGAUGACAUAGUGCUGUAUUUUACUUCUUUAUCUCUUUUUUUCAACCAAAAAUGCUUUACUCUGAUUAGGGGGUACGUGAAUUAAAAAAAUGUUCACAGGGGGUAUAUCACUGAAAAAAGGUUGAGAACCACUGCCCUAAGGGAUGAUCAACUACAACAUGUUGACUAUCUUCCUGAGAGAGAGAGAUUCCUGUGUGUAGUAGUAGUUGUAAAUAUGUAGUAAACAUUGGCGUCUGAAGCGAAACCCACUUUAAUGUUUGAGCUAGUCCUUUUAAAACAACGGUCACUUUUUAAUGUUAACAUUGCUUCGAAAUAUGAAGAAAAGAUGUUCGUGAAAGUGGGCUAUGCAACCUCUGAAAAAGUCUCGGUGGAGGACUGGCUAAUUUGAGAGUUAUGUAACUGAAAACAAACAAAACUGUUAAAUACCUUUUACAAUGAACUGCUGGUGUUAAUGUUUGUAUUCAUGUGUUACUGAUGUUUAAAGUUGCCGUUUUGGUGAACAUACCGCGCCUGAAAGAUGAUUGACGGAAAAUAAUCAAAUGUUGUAUGAGAGAGAAGAAGACGUGUGUGCACAAGAAAAAAUAUGUUUCGGAUUUGAAUCUUUCGUUAUUACAAAAUUGGCAAUGAAUUAUAAACAGAUCGUCGUACUUUAUGUGACUUCUUCUAAAUGAAACAUAACAACAAGCUGAAAAACAAAACAUACCGCUAUUGUUUUUAGACUCCCUCGAGAUAUUGAGUCACAGUAAGUCAGUUUGCAUGCAAAUCUUGAAUCACUGUUGCUUUAUCUCAUACAAUAAGUAGUGUAUAUCAAGCAGCGCGUCGACUCUCGUGUGCACAGGGUCUCUCCUCGGAAAAAGCUGACCAAUUACAGCUCUGUGGUCCGCGUCGCCGCUGAGGCGGAGCUAGGAUUUUUUGGAGGUUCACGUCAGGGGCAGGGGCGGGGGCAAGUAACAUGAUGCGAGAGUAUAUCCCAAGCUUCAUGCCAGCCAAGGUUGUUAAAAUAAUAUCUAAACGGCAAACAUUUAUUCGUGAAAAUAUCAAAAAGCUGCAGAUGGUGUUUACGACAGAGAAGCAGCUAGAUGGAGAUAACGUAGAAGUCAACUCUCCAAGGUAAAUUGUACAUUAUUAUUACAUUACUUCAUAAAACUACUGUAGUUGUUUGUACAGCAUUUCAUUGUAUUGUUUUUUUACAAAAUGUAUUAUUUAAAAGUUGUUUUUAUUUUUAAAAGGCAUAGUACAUGUUAACAUUGUGCUUUUUUGGCGACCAAGCACCAAUUUGAUUAAUUUCAAUAUAUUUCACUUUGAAUUUUUCAAGGUAUGAGCUGCGGUCCAAGCCCUAUCUCCCAAUAGUCAAUCAACCCCAAAAUUUUAUCUCUUGUUCUUUCCUGAUCGUUUCAUGAAAAUCUUCCCACAACUUUUUGAGCUAUCUGUAGCGGAAUUAAAAAAAACAGCGUGAAGCCUCAUGUCAGUCAUUCACUGUAUUUGUCUAUGUGGGUGAAGGCGGGGCCACUAGCAUACACACAAACAGAAGUUGAAACUUGUAACAAAAACCUAAGGUAACAUUGUAGAAAUUAUCCAGAUCACCCGCAAAAUGAUCCUUAUCCCAUUUCGGACAUUUCUUGAAUGUUCGAUAAAACUUUUUGAGGUAUUUUGCCAAAUAACUAAUAGACAGACAAGCCAAAAGCAACAAUUACAUAACCUCCUGGCGGUGGUAGUUACACUCAUAUUCGAAGGUACCACUGUACAUCUGUGAAUCUUGCUGUGUCUCUGCUGCAAUCUGCUGAUGACACAUUAAGCUCAGCAGUCACUUCCCUCUGAGAACUUCCUGUUUGAAGGCUGCCAAUGGCGAGGUUUGGUGUCAAAGGAUAAACAGUGUAAUGAAGAGGAUGGUAAAAUAUGAAUUCUAAUUUAAGCAGGACAUUUAUUGAUUCUCAUGUGAAGCACAUGCCUUUGUCAAUUUUUCUGUUCAGAUCCUAUAAAAGGUAGUGAAAUAUUGAACUGUUUUACAUUCAAGCGUUUAGUUAAUUUCAUCUGUAAAGUAAAAUGUUUCUUUGGUUUUGUUCUGUAAUUACACCACAUAGCCUGAAAAUAACCAUAGGUAUUUUUGAGCAUAUGUCAUUAGUGACGCUAAAUGUGUUCCUUAUUUUACAAGAACUCGUUUUGACCUUUUUCAGUGUAGCACAAAAGUACUUUAAAUUGAAGAAAGAACAUAUAGUCAUGUGAAAAUCAUUGAAACUAUUACAUUCAUUGUUGUUUUAGCAUUUUUGCUAUUGUGACAAAUAUGUCAUGUUAAACUUUAUUUAGCAAUUGAAAUUCUAAAAACUGAAUGUGAUAUUUUGCUAGCUUGUUUUCUAUGAAUUGAUUGAAGAAAUACAUUAAGAACUGUUCACAGUAUUGAAACAUUUCGUCACAUGACAAGCACUCCAAAAACAUGUCACUUAGGGACUAAAGGAGUGGGAGCACAAAUCUCUAAAUGACGACUUUACUUUUAUAGUCGCUUCUUUUAGGACUAGGGAAGUCGGAGCACAAAUCUAUAAAUGGCGACUUUAAAUACUUUUAUGGUGGCUUCUUGUGGGUUAAAACAAUCAAUGCAUCGCUGAAACUUUAUUAAAACUAAAGUGUUUUAUUGGCCUCAUUGAGCAACGUCACUUAACAAAGUUUGCUUUGAUUUGUUUCUACACUAACCUGGCAGGUGAUGAACUUAAAGCACAAUUGAUAGACUAGACAUUAAUAUAAUGAAUCAUAUGUAAAAACUAACUUGUGACUAUCUCAACACCAACGUGUCAAUGCAAAACAUGCAUCGUAUGAAUAUUUGUGAAAUGAUUGUUUUCUUUUCAGGAGUGAAUAAAAAAGAUUUUAUAUGCAUCAACUCCUUUUUUUUUGUUACAUGGAAACUUCCAGCUUCUUUUCGAACCUCACAGCAUGAGUUCAGUUGGUAAAUAUGCUGUUUGCUGACAUCGUGUUAUUUCUUUUGGACUUGUGGACUUUGUACAUUUUCUAUCAUGAUGGUGUUGGCAUCGCUUUGCUAUUAAUAAAUCUU